AUGGAGUACCUUAAGCAGUUUUUCAAGAGGGCCAUUGCCAAAUACGUGGAGGUGGGAGGAGAUGACAUGAUAUCCAUUGGCUACGAUCAAGGCAUCGAAUUUCGAGAUCUCCGCCUAAAUACCAAGGCUAUCAAUGAUAUGCUGCAAGCCUCCGACGCAGAGGCAAGACUCGAAUUUGGUCGUAUUGGAAGAAUGAACCUCGUAUAUACGCCGCUUCCUGGGAUCGUGACAAUCCAAGUCAAAGACCUCGAUAUUCGCGUGAAGCCCAACUUCACGGGUCUGGCUCUUCGAAAGCUCGUGGAAACACUUUAUGAGAUUGGGGACCUGGACAGCUCAGACUUGAGCCCCUCCUACCUGCAGGGUGGCCAUUGUAUGCCAUACGGCGGAUCCUUCCCAAGUAGCGCAUGCGGCUACCAACCCGGACCAGAGAUUCACAACACACAAGCGCGUUUCGUGCAUCCCUGCCGCCUACCUAGAGCGCCUCCCAUUGUUCGUCGUGCUCGCUUUGUAAAGGCCCUCCCCACAGCCCCAAUCCACUUCCAGCAGCCUGUGAGGGGAUUCAGCUGCGAGGGAGCACAGUCUUGCAUGCACAGCUUUGCCCAGUCUCAGGACAUGUCUCUUGAACGCCUUUGCAAUGAUUUCUCGCUCCUUUCCAAUUCUCUUGUGUCGACAUGUGGGGCGACCAAUGCCCGAAUGAUCGAGAAAUGCGAAGAAGUCAAAAACCUAUUCAGUAACUGCGUGGAGGCAGUCGCCGGCAUUGCACCCCCCGACUAUGAUCGACUGGAGAAAAUCAAGCUGCCAAUGCCUUGCGCAGUCUGUGAAGCCCCUUGGGGAGCGUGUGGACCCUCACUUGCACCAGCAAAAUCAGGGCCCUGUGCAAGGAAGGGUUCGCAUGACACCAAUGUCGCACUACACUGCGCCGAUCUCAGCACCUCAACACCCGAACCCAGGAGGCCUGUAUCCCUAUGCACCUACUGCAAGCCCAUCAUCUUUAGGGCGAAGCAGGUUUCAGGCGAACUCCUGGGCCCCCCAGACCCCAGUAAACUAUCCGUAUUACGCCUCCCCCCCGGCACAGCAGACACCGCACCCCAAUGGUGCGCAGACGCUCAAUCAAACCACCGAGCCCUUGCUAAGGACAGGACCGAAUGUUCUCCUGUCCUGCUGGCAGGGAUGGCCCCAGGGCAUAUUCAGCCAGACACCCCACCAGGCAGUCUUUGGGCCUAA